GUACAAUCCAAUGCCGAGGAAUCUGAUAUUUUUCUCUAUAUAUUCAUCUCUAUUUGGCUCUGACAUGAUCAUGACACACAUAAAGAUCAAUCUAUCUCAAAAGCGCAGUUUUUAUUGAUCGAUCAAUGGCAUCUUCAGAUGCUACUCCUGCUACACCAACAAUGCACUACGCUUAUCCUUCGCCUUGGUCCACCGGCCUUUGUGAAUGCUGCUCUGAUAUGCCCAGCUGUUGCUUAACUUGGUGCUGUCCUUGCGUCACUUUUGGUCGGAUUGCAGACAUUGUUGAUAAAGGAUCACCCGAUUGUUGCAUAAGUGGGUGUCUAUAUUUCUUGACGCUAAUAACAUGCUGCUCCUGCAUAUAUUCCUGCGUCUACCGGACUAAGAUGAGGGAGCAUUUCUUGUUAGCUGAAAGUCCUUGUGGGGAUUGCGUCCUGAAUUGCUGUUGCCAAUCUUGCGCCUUGUGUCAGGAAUAUCGCGAGCUCCGAAAUCGCGGAUUUGACAUGUCCCUUGGAUGGGAGGGAAACAAGGGAAGACAAAUUCGUGAAGUUGGCAUGACUAUUCCAGUGUCUCCCGCAGGAAUGAUGAGAUAAAUAUAAAGGAGGCAAAAGAUUAAUCAGAGGUGCUUAAGAUCUCUGAUCUCUUUGGCAUAAGUCUCUACAUGAGAAAAGAGUACAUACAAGAAUAGUUUUCUCAACCAGGGACUUGAUUUGAAGAGGUGAAAUGAAACUGUAACUAAAUAAUAUGUUUGUAUGUGAGUGUGAUUUCUGAGUGAUAGUUUUUCGUCCACAAGUCCGGGCUCUUCACAGAUUUAGAUAAAUACAGAUUACUGAACAACUUAUUGUGCUAUUCUUGGAUCAUGAAUAUAUAUAUGUGUGUGUUUUCUGUUUGAUAAUUAUGUGUGAUGAUGAUCUCAAGGUAUCAAUUAAAACGAGGUUCACUUGAUUUUUUUA